AUAGCAUCGCGUUUGACAUUUGCGAACGCCAUUUUUCGGGAAUGGAAGCAUGCAACCCGAGAUCAAUAGUGAGGCUAAAAUUUGUUCAGUAACUUUAUUAAAGUUUCCGAAGGUUAUCCUUGUAUAACUAAGUUUUAACCCCACACUUAACAAUGUGCUGCAGUGUUUUAGUGGUUCGGUGUGUUCCCUGUAAGUGUAAUUACUUCUGAUUGCGGUACAUUGCAGGAAGCACAUACUCAAACAGUGCGGCAGAACAGCAAGAAGAAAAGGAAGACAUUUCGUUUUUCCCACGCGCUAGAGGUGGAAGUGGCUAUCGUGUAAACAGGGUGAGAACCCGAAAAUUAAGCCGGUUUAGAAACGUGUGCAGAGGCACGGCGUUAAUUUCCUUGCGUUUUGUCGCUGUGUAGUUUCUUCCGGGCCAUUUAAAGCGCUAGCGAAAAAUGUCGAAGCGACGCAUCGAAGUAAUGGAUCCAUUCAUCAAGAGACGAAGGGAGGAGAAAGCAGCGGCAGAAGGUUCCGCCGCUGCGAGCUCAUCGAAGCUCGAUUCCGGUGGCUCAUCAAAUGCGGGUACGAGUUCUGCAUCGAAGGCAGGAACGGUGGCGGGUGCUGGCGGCUCUGAAGCGGGAGGAAAGAACCCGCUGAACGGCGUGGCCUACAGUCAGAACUAUUACAAUCUGUACAAGAAACGCAUCACGUUGCCGGUAUUCGAGUACAAGUCGGAUUUCAUGCGGUUGCUGUCGGAGCACCAAUGUAUCGUGCUGGUCGGCGAAACCGGAUCCGGCAAAACAACUCAAAUACCUCAGUGGUGUGUCGAGUACGCGCUUCAAACGAGCUCGAAAGGAGUGGCAUGCACACAGCCCCGACGAGUAGCAGCCAUGUCCGUGGCUCAGCGCGUUUCGGAGGAAAUGGACGUCGUGCUAGGGCAGGAGGUUGGUUAUAGCAUCCGUUUCGAAGACUGUUCGAGUCCGCGCACGCUGCUAAAGUACAUGACGGACGGUAUGUUGUUGCGGGAAGGCAUGAGCGAUCCGAUGCUCGAAGCGUACCAGGUCAUACUGCUCGACGAAGCUCACGAGCGAACGUUGGCAACGGAUUUGUUGAUGGGCGUGCUAAAGGAAGUGAUUCGACAGCGGAAGGAUUUGAAGCUGGUCGUGAUGUCGGCUACACUGGACGCAGGAAAGUUCCAGCAGUACUUCGACAAUGCGCCACUGAUGAAUGUACCUGGCCGUACACAUCCGGUAGAGAUUUUCUACACUCCGGAACCGGAACGUGACUAUCUGGAGGCGGCAAUCCGUACCGUCAUUCAAAUUCACAUGUGCGAAGAGAUCGAGGGUGACAUCUUGAUGUUCUUAACCGGGCAGGAAGAAAUCGAGGAGGCAUGUAAACGCGUGAAGCGCGAAAUCGACAAUCUCGGUCCGGAUGUGGGUGAGCUGAAGUGUAUACCACUGUACUCGACGCUACCGCCCCACAUGCAGCAGAAAAUUUUCGAACCCGCACCACCCAAACGGUCGAACGGUGCGAUCGGGCGGAAGGUGGUCAUAUCGACGAACAUUGCAGAAACGUCACUUACCAUCGAUGGUGUCGUGUUUGUGAUUGAUCCGGGCUUCAGCAAACAGAAGGUAUACAAUCCGCGCAUUCGCGUCGAAAGCUUGCUCGUAUCGCCCAUCAGUAAAGCGUCGGCCCAGCAGCGUGCGGGACGUGCCGGUCGUACACGGCCCGGUAAAUGUUUCCGCCUGUACACGGAGAAGGCCUAUAAGACGGAGAUGCAGGAUAAUACAUAUCCUGAAAUUUUGCGUUCAAAUUUGGGUACGGUGGUGCUGCAGCUGAAGAAGCUCGGUAUCGAUGAUUUGGUUCACUUUGAUUUUAUGGACCCGCCCGCCCCAGAAACGUUGAUGCGUGCGCUAGAGCUGCUCAACUAUUUGGCCGCCCUGGAUGAUGAUGGCAAUCUGACGGAUCUUGGUGCGGUGAUGGCAGAAUUUCCGCUCGAUCCACAGCUUGCGAAAAUGUUAAUUGCAAGCUGUCAGCACAACUGUUCCAACGAGAUUCUGUCCAUUACGGCAAUGUUGUCAGUUCCACAGUGCUUCGUGCGUCCGAAUGAAAUGAAAAAAGCUGCCGAUGAUGCUAAGAUGCGCUUUGCGCACGUUGACGGUGACCAUCUGACGCUGUUGAAUGUAUACCAUGCUUUUAAACAAAAUAACGAAGAUCAGGGAUGGUGUUACGAUAAUUUUAUCAAUUAUCGUUCGUUAAAAUCGGCCGACAAUGUGAGACAACAGCUGGCCCGCAUCAUGGAUCGCUUCCAGUUGCAACGCACGAGUACAGACUUUACAUCGAGAGAAUACUAUUUUAACAUUCGCAAAGCAUUGGUGCAAGGUUUCUUCAUGCAGGUUGCUCAUUUGGAACGUACCAAGCAUUAUCAGACGAUAAAGGAUAACCAGGUGGUACAGCUGCAUCCGUCCACUUGUCUCGACCACAAACCGGAAUGGGUGAUUUACAAUGAAUUUGUGCUCACGACGAAAAACUACAUCAGAACUGUGACUGAUGUUAAGCCCGAAUGGUUGCUGCAGAUUGCACCACAGUACUACGAUAUGAAUAAUUUCCCUCUGUGCGAGGCAAAGCGUCAGUUGGAGCUAAUACUGGCCCGCAUGGAUUCGAAACAGUUUCAGCAAGGAUUUUAAAAAGCAUGCCUACCGCGAAAUAUCACCGCAUCGUCGCGCCGGGGCUUAUACCUAAAACCAUCGUAGGUAAAUAGCGCAUCCAUGAGGUGGGAGCUUUCCAGGGGAAGUAUAAUCGCUUUUAAGUUUAUUUCCGUGUUUGUCCGUGUCCACCCCCUCGAUACACAACAUUAACACAAACCAGACGAUUAGAGGACGGCUUUUUGGUAAUUUUCCUCUAUGGGAAAUAUACGGCUGGUAAAAUAAACGCAAUAGAUAUGUAAACCUUAA